ACAGCCGCUCUUCCCGUGCUACUAAUCAAAGGGUGUCUCCUCCCACGGCGACGUUGCAGUGCCACUCGUUAGGGUAGAAAUUAGGGCUCGUUCGCGGCGCCUCGACUUGGGAGAGGAAGACUGAGGUGGAAUCCCCUCGAUCUCUUCCAUUGCAGCCGCCAGGAGCUCUCUUUCGGUAACAAUCGGACUCCGGAUGGCUGCCAUCUGUAUUUUGAUGAGAACCUCAGCACGGUUUCUUCAACAAGUCCGGUGUUUGUGUCGGUUUCAGCGAGGAGAGAUUUCAGCGAAUAGACUGGGGAAAACCAAUAGAGUUUCCAUUUUGAAUCAUCCGGUUGUGGGAGCCCUUGUCGGCAGAGAAGCCGAUAGAUACCUGAACCAAAGUUUGCUUUUCUUCAGGGCUGUGUGUACUAGCGGAGGAUCUUGUGAUGUUGGCGGAGCAGGCCCUUUGCUGGAGUAUGAAAAGAGAAUUACAUCCGGCGAACUUGUUGGCGGAGACAGCUUCCAGAUAGACACACUUCAAGCACUGCAAAGGCUCUAUGAAGAGCUUGUGGAGCAUGAAGAGAGUUGCCAGUUGGAUAGAUAUAAGUCAUCACAAAAGUCUGGGAGGAGGAGGUGGCUAUGGUCCCGUUUUAUGCCUCAGUCUACUUAUUCACCAGUUAAAGGGCUGUAUCUUUAUGGAGGAGUAGGCACUGGAAAAACAAUGCUUAUGGAUUUGUUUUUCAAUCAAUUGCCAUCUAAUUGGAGGAAGAAAAGAAUACACUUUCAUGAUUUUAUGUUGAAUGUACAUAGCCGGCUACAGAUGCACAAAGGGGUAGCAGAUCCACUUGAAGUUGUUGCAGCAGAGAUUUCAGAUGAGUCCAUUCUACUAUGCCUUGAUGAAUUUAUGGUAACUGAUGUUGCUGAUGCUUUGAUAUUAAAUCGGCUUUUUUGCCAUUUGUUCAGCAAUGGUGUGGUUCUUGUCUCCACUUCCAAUCGUGCUCCAGACCAGCUCUAUGAAGGUGGUUUGCAAAGGGACCUAUUUUUACCUUUUAUUGAAACCUUGAAGGAAAGGUGUGUAAUUCAUGAAAUUAGCUCUUCAACGGACUACCGAAAGAUGGGUUCUGCAGAGAAUGGCUACUAUUUUAUCGGGAAGUACUCUGGACUCCUAAGAGAGAAGUUUCAUCAGUUAAUAGGAGCAGAGAAACCUGGCCCGCAAGUUGUUGAAGUUGUAAUGGGACGAAAGUUGCAGGUCCCACUCGGAGCUAAUGGAUGUGCAUAUUUUCCUUUUGAGGAUCUUUGUGACAGACCUUUGGGGGCAGCAGACUACUUUGGAUUGUUCAGUGAGCUAGCUCCACUCCUCUUCUGCAUCAAUUACAUGCAAUUUGUAGUAUACUUGGGCAUAACACUCAUUAUUGUGCUGGAAAACAUACUAUUUCCUAUAGCCUGCUUUGAUUUUUUUCAAAAUUAUUGUGCAGAGAAGUUCCAUACACUUGCACUUGAAGGAGUUCCCAAGUUUGGGAUCCACAACAGAACUGCAGCGUAUAGGUUUGUCACAUUGGUUGAUGUGAUGUAUGAGAAUAAAGCCAGAUUGUUGUGCACGGCAGAAGCAUCUCCUGUUGAGUUAUUUGAAAGAAUUGUGACAGUCAUGGAUGCCCAGAAAAUUUAUCCACGGUCUUCUUCACGGUCUAAGAAAACUGAUGAUAUUGAUCUUUGCGUUGACAAUGAGCUAGGAUUCGCCAAAGACCGCACCAUCAGCAGAUUAACAGAGAUGAAUAGCAAAGAGUAUUUGGAGCAACAUGAAGCCAAUGUGAAGGAUAAUAAGACCCCACAAAAGUAGAGAAUGAUGUUGGGAUAACAAUGUUUCAUUUAUUAAUUUAUAUGUUGAAUAAAAUCUCCUUAAUUUUGAGGGAACACAUAAUCCAUCUGUUGAGGUGGAGGCUUCAGAACUAAUCUUAUCUUACAUUUUGUUGAAAGAUAUCAACUGUGAAAGAAAAUUAUAUAUGAGCUAUCCAAUUUUACUUCUUGCUUCAUAGUUCAUUUAUCCGUCA